AAUAUCUGAAACAUCUUUUGAUUCCUCUGUUGAAAAAAUUACUAUUUGCUGAAUUUAUUUUGCAGAAAAUUUCCAGAACACUACAGUGGCACUAUUGUAAACUGUAGAGUACUGAACUAUUACUGUAAAAUGCGAUAAUAUUUUUAUACAGGUGCUGCAAAUAAACAAUUUAGUUUAGACUUUCUGAUGAUAAUACAAUGGACUAUGUAGCUGCUUCUGAAUGUAUGGCAUCUGCUCAAGAUUCCAGAUAUGGUCAGAAAGACACAUCUGACCAGAACUUUGAUUAUAUGUUCAAAUUGCUCAUCAUUGGCAACAGCAGUGUCGGGAAAACCUCCUUUUUGUUCCGUUAUGCUGACGAUUCCUUUACAUCUGCAUUCGUAAGCACAGUUGGGAUCGAUUUCAAAGUCAAAACAGUUUUCAAAAAUGAAAAAAGGAUUAAACUACAGAUCUGGGACACGGCAGGUCAGGAGAGAUAUAGGACAAUUACCACAGCCUAUUACCGGGGUGCAAUGGGCUUCAUUUUAAUGUAUGACAUCACGAAUGAAGAAUCCUUCAAUGCUGUGCAAGACUGGUCAACUCAAAUCAAAACAUAUUCGUGGGAUAAUGCCCAGGUUAUUUUGGUCGGUAAUAAAUGUGACAUGGAGGACGAGCGGGUAAUCUCCACUGAGAGAGGCAAACAUUUAGCAGAGCAACUUGGUUUUGAAUUUUUUGAAACAAGUGCCAAGGACAACAUAAAUGUGAAGCAGACAUUCGAGCGGCUCGUAGAUAUCAUCUGCGACAAAAUGUCAGAAAGUCUGGAGACGGAUCCUGCCAUCGCUGCUGGAAAACAGAACACAAGGCUAAAGGACACCCCUCCUCCACAGCAGCCCAACUGUGGCUGUUAAUACAGUUAUCAACA